AUGGCAACUCCAAACAGUUACAAACAGAAUACAUCAAUGUCGAUGCCAAGUCCACAAAGCAAUCCGCACUACAUGAUUGCGGGGCCCCCAAUGAGUUUCGGUAUGAUGAAAGGCGGUAUGAAUGCACCGCCGCACCAUAACCAAUACCAGUACCACCCGCAAUACCAAGGUGGGCCAAUGGGCCAGGGCCACGGGGCAUUUGGGGCGUGGCCGCCUCCACAACAAGCGCGUUUCGCUGCAGAGAAUGCGAGGAGGAGCACCUCGGGCGGCGGGGGCGCCUCCGCGCAGGCCUCCAAGGAUGAUAAGACCAGUCCGUUCAUAUCGACCGUGCAUUCCCAUCCCGGAUUUCAACCACAGAAGAUCGGCAAAGGGGCCGGCUCGGGCGCCGCCCUGCCGAAGCCCCCGAAGGCGCCCGAAAAGCCUUUGAUGCCAUACAUGCGUUACUCGCGACGCGUUUGGGACAGCGUGAAAGCGGCUCAUCCCGAUUUAAAGCUAUGGGAGAUAGGUCGCAUCAUCGGCGGCAUGUGGCGGGACCUCCCCGAAUCGGAAAAGGCCGGCUUCGUCGACGAGUACGAGGCUGAGAAGGCGCAGUACACAGAAAUGAUGAAAGCGUACCAAAGCUCGCCAGCUUACUCCGAGUACGAAAAGAGCCUGAAGGCGUACCACAACUCACCCGCGUACCUGGCCUAUAUCGCGGCGAAAAAUAAAGCUGUAGUAGGUAAUCUGGAGGAGGAGAGUUCAAGUAAAAAGGGUAGUUCCCAGAAGGAGCAACAGCAACAAGACAGAAGAAUAGAUAUACAGCCAGCAGAAGAUGAAGAAGAUCAAGACGAAGGCCUGUCCGUGAAACACGUGGCCUACGCCCGUUACCUUCGCAAUCACAGACUGAUCAACGAGAUAUUCUCGGACACGGUGGUACCCGACGUCCGCUCGGUGGUCACCACUGCACGGAUGCAGAUUUUAAAGAAACAAGUACAAUCGUUGACCAUGCAUCAAAAGAAACUGGAAGACGAGUUGCAACAAAUUGAGGAGAAGUUCGAAGCAAAGAAAAGGAAAUUCAUUGAGAGUAGCGAAACUUUCCAGGAAGAACUGAAGAAGCACUGCAAGCCCGCUGUCGACGAGGACACCUUCCAGCGGAUGGUAGAGAGAGCUUUGGAGCAAAUGCGACGCGGUAUCAACCCUACUCAACCGCUGGCAUUGAGCGUCACUGAGAGGAAGGAUGAGCCGAUGGAGCAAGACACCAGCCAGAUAAAGACCGAGACGAACGGGCCGAACCCACCCACGCAAGUGGACAAGGUCUCAACGACGGAGGUCAACAAACCCGACGGCAACGUCACCACGGAGCUGAACAAACCGGAAACGGAAACCGCGAAGGAGCCACCGGCCGCCGAGGCCGAAAAUACUGCCCCGGAAGCCGAAAGCAAAGAGGAUAAACCUGUGGAGCUGAAAGUGGAAGCAAAGGAGGUUCCCACGCCGCCCACUGUUCCCGGCGCCCCACCGCAGCCCCAGCAGCAUAUGACGUCACCGCCCCACCAUGCUAUGAUGAUACCACCAAACCCCAACGCUGGGCCUCAUCAAGCCCCACCACACGCUGCCGGCCCACCGCCACCACCAGGUGGCGGUGCGUACGGCGCGGCCUACGGCGCCCGCUACUACGGCGGCUACGGCGGCGGCUUCCCUGGUGGCUAUUACUACGCGGGCGACCACUACGGCCACCACCCGCAUCCCCAUCACCACCACGCGCCGCACCACGCGCCCCCCCACGCCGCGCCGCCCCACCCCGCCCCCCACCAGCCUGCGCACGCGCCGCCCCACCACCUCGUCAAAGCUGAGGAGCCGCAAGCGAAGAAAGAGAGCGAA